UGGGUGUUGUGUGCCAAGUUUCUUGAGCAGAGGCUGAGCCCAAACCCUUGGGCUGCCUGCCAAGGUGGCCGAGUUCCCUGGUCCCUCCAGCUGGUCUGGCCAGGUCCCUGGGAAGCUGGUGUCAUGGCUGGGGUUGUAGAAGGAGGCUCUCAGAUUCUCUGCUUCCAGGGCAGGGUGGAAGCCAGCACAAACCCUGUCAAAGCUCCUGACGGCCUCCUCUUCAGCCUGAGGAGUUGGCCUCUGGUAGUCACUUCACCAAGAAGGACAGGGGACUAGCCAGGCAGAGGGUAGAGAUGGGUGGAUAAGUGCCUCCCAGCCAUUUCUGGAGCUUGGACUGCCCAGAGCCCAGGCUCAUGAGAAACAGCCCCUUCUCCAAACCUGGAAGACUGAGGCCCCUCCUUGGGGUGGUGGGGAGGCGGGGCUCUCCACAGGCCCCUCCCCCAUCUCACUGCAGCCGCGUACGGAGCGCCACCUUGGACCCUUCCAUGCCUGCCCUGCAGGGGCCGCUCCAGGGCCUCAGAGCACAGCUCCCCCUAGAGAGGCUGUGCCCGGACCUGAGGCGCCGGCUUGUCAGGAUCUGCCUCGGGCAGCUUGCCCCUGGAGAGGCUGCAUCCCUAGGAAGGACUGUCUUGUGCCUGGCCUGCCCACCAUUCUUGUCACAAGCCGCAGUCUCCUGCCCCAAGCACACAGAUGAAUCCGAGUUCUAACAAGCAAAAACCAAGCAGAGUAAUCUUUGAUCCAUCAACAUCACAAGUCUCUCGGAAGUCCAACUUAGCAGGAUUGCGCCAAUCAGAAAGAGAAGCCUAUGAGUUCAUAGUGAAAUUUCUAGAAGAAGAACAUAUGUCCGAGUUCACCAAGCUGAAGUUCCUGAGGGCUGUGGAAAUCUUGAGUUGUGCUGUGCAUGCCCAGGCAGAUGGUAAUAUGGACGAUUACUACCCCAAAACCAUCCUGGCCAAGAAAAUUGAGGUACUAAUUCUUGAAGAAUCCACUGAGAAUCUGAUGGGCAGCGUGCGUCAGCAAGCCAUGCUCUGCAUCGUGGCGCUGAGCCAGGUGAAUCCACCAUUCCACUUGUCCCAGAAACUGGACCUGGUAAAUGUGGGCAUCUCCAGCAUGUUCUCUCUGCCCCUCAUCCUGCCCAGUCUGUGCCAAAGAGACAACGCAAGUCUCUACCUCCAGACGGUCCAGGCCUUAGAUGAUAUGUUGCAGGCUCUUGUGAUGGACGACAUGAGGCCUAACAUGCUCAUACUGCAAAACUUCCUGGAGAUCAUCUUACCUUGGUCAUUACUGUCAGACAAAGUACAUGAACAGACGCGGGCCUUGGGCACUAUUUCCCGGCUGCUGAGGUUUAUUUGCAAUUUCCCUGAACUGUCACACAUGGAGGAAUUCGCGAUGAGUGGGAAACUGAUGAGCAUCUUGGGCCUCUUCUGCAUGGGCUGCAACUACCAGAUCAGCAUAGAGGCAUCAGAGGCAUUGCAUUACCUGCUCAAACUCCUUGUGCUUCAGAGAAGUGAGAAACAGAAGACAGAGACUAUCCUGAAGGAUUUACAGAAACAUUUCCGUGGGGAAUGGUUUGCCAGCCUGCAGGAUCUAACACUGUUCUUCAAGAAAUACCUGACCCCUGAGGAGAGAGCGGAUGUGAUCAUGGUGACCAUGGAGGCCAUGACCAACACCACCAGGCAUGACAUCUCCGGAGCUUCCAAGAUGUUAAAGAUGAUCCUGAAGUACACGAUUCCAGAGAUUGGGAAGGUGCCGGAAAUCAUCCAGUACAUUUACUACCACAUGAACAGCAUUACAGAAGCCAUAGCCCUAAAGCCCAUUAGGAAGAUCCUGUAUCUGCUGUCCCAGUCCUAUACUGAUGAAGUUAUCCUGACACUAUUUAAGAUAGAAGAUCAGUCGCAAAAAGGGGUUUGCAAGCCCUGGGAAAUCCUGGCAUCCUUCCCCAAAGGCUACGAAAUGAUCAUGGAAUACCUGCUCCAGAGGCUGACUCCACACCAGAGAUCAAAGGACCAGAAGCCCAGCCACAGAGGAACAGAGAUCUCACCAUUGAUUGCCACCAGGGCCAUCCAUGAGCUCCUGCGGGUACCCAGCCGGCGGAUGGAGGUGCAGUCCUUCUUCUCCUCCUUGUUCCUGGCCCUGCUAUUCCAGAUCUCCUUUUUUGUGCUUGAAGGGGGUGAUGAAAUAAGCCAGGAUCAGCAACACAUAGCUGAAUGGGUGGACCCGAUAAGUUCUACCGUGGAGGCCCUGAAGACCUUGAUGCAAAAUUGUGGGUAUGGGGACCAUGUGUCUUCUAUUCAGAGACAUGGGGGCUGGGGGCUGCUCGUCAAUCCUGAAAGGCACUAUGAUGGAGUCACUCUGCUGGCCAGGUCCCUGGUCAUCAAUAACUGCUGGCACAACCGCCCGCUCUUCGGCUCCAUCAUCAGUUUCCUCCAGGACCCAGACUGCAAGAAUCCCUUGACAGCCCUUGUGCUCCUGACAGAGCUGCUCCAGUGCCCAGAUGUGGCAGCCGUAGUGGAUGACAUCACCACCCACAUUCUGGCCGACUGGUUCAAGAGUGAGGAGCCAGCCACAGUGAAGCUGUUGCUGCGGAUGCUGGAGGUCUUCGCGAAGCACGAAAACAUGGUCAGAUGGCUCCGCAUCCUCCAGCCCUAUGUGCUGAACUGCUGCUACUCCUCGAACAGUGACAUCGUGCUGGAGACUCUGCUGGUGCUGAGGAAUCUCCUGAGUCACCUCACCUGGCAGCACUCAUCUUCCUUCCUGAUCCAGCUCACCUUCACGCUGGUGCCCUUCUUUGAGGAGGUGUCAGAGGAUCUGCGGUUGACAGCCUUUGAGAUCUAUGGGAGUGUCUUGGCCAAGGUCAAGAAGAGGAGCCUUGUCUUCCCCUUGAAGCAUCAGAUCCUCAACUUGCUAGUCCCCCUAGUGCUCCACCUGCAGGACGUGAAUACUGACGUGGCUCUGAUCUGCCGGUCUGCCCUCUGCCACACAGCUGCUGUGCUGGGCUGGUCAAAGCUGAAAGCAGUAUUUGCAGAGAAAGAUGUGUGGAACAUUCUCGGAGCCCUGCUGGAGCAGGAGACGAACAAAGCCCUCUGGUUUCUGAAGCAGUGUGUGGCGUGUUUCAGCAGCCCCCAGGUUCCCGUCCGCUGGGCAGCUGUGUGGUUUGCAGGACAGAUUCUCCAAACCCUUGACUUGGAAGAGAUGGAUGACACUGACGAGGCGCACACGGCCCUAAGACACAUGCAGAGAGACUCUGACCCCACGGUCAGCUGCCUCGCCACGCAGACUUUCUAUAUCCUGGACGCCAAGAAGCUGCUACUGGCUAAGCAACCCCCAUCCUGCUUCUCCAGGAGGAGACCCCAAAGGCGCUACUUCUGAGCCUGCAUUCUUGGGUCUCAGAUGUAGGCCUGGCCAUUAGACCCUGUGACAAUGGGGCCAGAUUCCUGGGUCCUAUACUAGAAAUGGAGAUGUAUCCCUGCAGAAUCUUCAUCAUAAAAGGAAAAAGCAUGCAACUUUGUGAAAAUAGCUAUCAUGCUGUCUUUCCAGUCAAUUCUUGGCCUUCUGGGGUAGAGCCACUUGUGAGCCACCUUCCCUCCAACAAACAUCUGGGUCCGGGCUGACCUUUCCUGCUAUGCCUCUCUGUUCCCUUCUCCCAUUCAGACACAUGGUCUGCGGACAGAGCAAGCAGUUUCUUUUGAACCAACUUCAACAAUGAGCCAUGGGGAAAGUAAUGUUGGCAUGCAUGAGGUGUUCUAGAAUGCAGUUGUGAGAUUAAGCAAGAGUGCACUCUGGUUGGUUGAAGCAGGAAAGUGAUUUGUUAAAGCGUUGUCAGUGAGCUCACAAAACAUCCCGGAAAAUCAGAGUUUGGGUACCACAGAGCCAGGGACAGCGCUGCUCUAUAGAAAACCACCAUGGGUGGCCCUGGCACAGCCCAAACCACACCUCAGAUGUCCAUACUCAGGCCCGGAUGCUUGCCCUGCAGUGCCCCACCUCUGCCAGGGCAGUUUUGCUUUGUUACAAGCAAUGAUAAAAGGUAGCUCUUGGCCGGGCGUGGUGGCUCAUGCCUGUAAUCCCAGCACUUUGGGAGGCUGAGGCAGGUGGAUCACGAGGUCAAGAGAUCGAGACCAUCCUGGUCAACAUGAUGAAACCCAGUCUCUACUAAAAAUACAAAAAAUUAGCUGGGCAUGGUGGCGCAUGCCUGUAAUCCCAGCUACUCAGGAGGCUGAGGCAGGAGAAUUGCCUGAACCCAGGAGACGGAGGUUGCGGUGAGCCGAGAUCGCACCAUUUCACUCCAGCCUGGGUAACAAGAGCAAAACUCCAUCUCAAAAAAAAAAAAGGUAGCUCUUAUUCAAAACCUAUUAACAGGUCAAGUGCAUUGGGGUGAAGCCCACCUCAUAGACUGUUCUGACACCCCUACAAGCCACCCCCUCACUUUGGUCUAGUAUAACGUAAAAAAUAUGAGGUAAUGAAUGCAUGGAAAGUAGUGGAUUCUAGGGCCAUCUCUGUCCCAGGAUGACUUUGGCCAACUCUGUUGGCCUCUCUGGGCCUUCAU